ACGCAUUAAUAUGAGACCUUGUUCUUUUUCAGAAGCAGAUACCCAAUGCUGUAUCCUCUGCAAAUCAAAAACUACCAAACGUGGUCAGAUUGUGGCAUACUUCUGAUUUUAAACAGAAGCAAAUAAUUUCCUCAACCAUCACAAUAAAACCCUCCUCAAAAACUUGGAGGACAUUGUGGAUUAUGAAUCGCAGUGUCUGUUGGCUUUGCAGUUUGUUCAGAGAUGGCACAAACAGAAUCAUUUCCAAGAUAAGCCUGGAAGAAGUACUUCAGUGGUCUCAGUCUUUUGAAAAGCUUAUGGCUACUAAAUAUGGGCCAAUCGUCUACAAGUCCUACCUGAAGACUGAAUAUAGUGAUGAGAACAUGGAAUUCUGGGUGGCUUGUGAAAAGUAUAAGAAGAUUUUAUCACAGAGGAAAAGAAUAUCAGAGGCACAGAAACUUUUUAAGGAAUUUAUCCAACCCCAGGCUCCAAAAGAGAUUAAUAUUGACAGUCCAGUGAGAGAAGGUAUUACCUUGAAGAUUCAGGAACCAACUCAGUGUUGUUUCGAUGAGGCUCAGAAAAUUGUUUAUCUGCAUAUGGAAAGAGACUCAUAUCCCAGGUUUCUUAGCUCAGAAAUCUACCAAAGCCUUAUCUUCACUCUUUCAGCCCAGCAACAAUCAACAUUCUGUCUCAAAGAGGAAAAGUGAGAGCUUUAUUUUGAGUUUCAAAAUCAGAUAAAAGCAAGCAGGGCACUUUCGUAAUAUAUUACACUGCAAUUCCCAUCAUUCCCAGCCAGCAACACCUUUCCCGAUUUAAUGCCCUCUGAGUUGCACUCAAAAUCAUGUCCCUGAGUUUAGAGAAGAACGCACUAAAUGAACGCACUUAGAAAAUAUAAAUAUUUUGACAUGAUGAUUACUUUCUUGUUUUAAGUUGGCAUGGGAACGUUUAUAUAAAAUGGAACUGUAAAAUUCAAAGGUAUCAACUAAAGCUUUAGUAUUGCCUGAAUAAUGGAACCAUCACAGUGUUAGAGGCUGAUGUGGUUGAAUUAACCAAGUACUCAGAUCAGAACUUCUAAGUCUUAGCAAAUUCUUGAUCUAACACUGCUCUGUGGCACUUCCUGCCUUAUGCAAGCUACAGCAUCAAUAGCCAGAAACUCUAUCAACAUUCAGCCAGUCACCCAGCCAUUAAGCUAUUAAGCCUCUUUUAAACAAUUCAAGGAAGACUACAGUUGCUGCUAGCAUUCACUCUACAUGAUGAAAAAUCCACAGCAAACAAGAUAGAGUACUGUAUAGGUAAAUCCGUAACAAUAUAUUAAGGGCAAGCUAUAUUUAUAGUAUUAUAUUAAAAAUCUAUAUAACGCUGGUAUCAUUACCUUUUAAAAUUUACUUUUAUUUUAAAUAGUAUAUUUUUAGAAAUUUUGUUCACCCCCACCCCCUAAAAGAACUGUAGUUAUUGGGUGGUUUAGAAAUACAGGGAUAUCAAAUUAAAGUGCUUCAGAACUUAACUGAUAUAGAAAGGUAGUUGUAAUUCAAACCUAUGUUUUUCAAAGGAAAUAAGCAGACAUCGAACACAAACAGUGAAAGUUAACAGUGAAGUUAAUAUGAAUAUAAGUAAGUAAGUGAACAUAAGUAAUGAGUGAAUUUAAGUGAAAGGGGAGAUCAUUUGAAAGAUACUUAAAUUAUUUUUUCUUACAAUAUUUAUAUUUAAUAAAAUGCAAAUGAACAAUCCAAUUAAAGUUGGAUAUUAUUAACAUAUUAAUAAUACAUUUUAUUAACAAUAACAUUCUUUUAUUUAUUAUCUUAUUUGAGUGACCAUUUCUCCUCAAUUAUGCCUAACCCAUCCCAUUAGGUUUGGUAGGAGAUGUAUGCUCUAGGUUUUUCUACAGUAUUAGGGAAUGUAUUUAAUAAAAUUGCUAAUAUAUACUGUAUAGUCAUGGGGAAGUGCCAUCUGGUGGACCCCAGAAAGAAAGCCUUCUCUGCCAUGGGGUCCACCCUUUGGAACAUGAUCUCUCCAAUAAUUAUACUGGAUCUGACUUUGCUGGCUUUUCACAAUGCCUUAGAGGCAGAGUUUUGUCCCUAAGCUUAAGGAUCCAGAUGCUUGGCAGCGCCUGUUGAUCUGUUGAGGUUGUUUUUAUCUCAAAUACUGGUGAUUUAUUGUUGUUGUUAUUAUUUUAUGGUGUUUUCCAUUGCUGUUAGCUGCCCAAUGUCAAGAUUCUGAGAUGGGCAGCCAUGUAAACUAAAUAAAUAAACAAAAUUGAUUGGAGAGGUUGACAGAAGGCAAGGUGGCUACGUUCUAUCACUGAUAACUCAAGCAGAAGCUUAUAAAAACUCAGAUCAGCAGUUACAAAAUACAGUUCUGAAGAAAUGACAGGCUGCAAAGCAGGGGUGAAAUCUACUUACUAUCCUUACUGGUUCGGAAGCGCAUGCACUGUGCACGCACUCGCUUCGUUCGCGUGUCACAUGCACAUGCAGACCUGCACAUGCACAAAACCUUCUGCUCAUGCGCAAAACCUUCUGUGCAUGCGCAGAAGGUAAAAGCACAUUACUUACUGGUUAUAAUGAGGAAGUAAUGGCACGUGGGUGGGCGGAGCUUCACUCCACCAUCACUACCAGAUUGCCGAACCACCGGCCAAGAUUGCUACCGAACUGGGCAAUCCGGUCUGAUCCGGGAACAUUUCACCCCUGCUGCAAAGUGACUAAACAAUUGCACAACAAAACUAACGAAUUCUGCCUACCUUUUUCCAUCUCCUUUUCAAUCUGGCCAUGCCCACUUCUAGGAUCACAACUUGACAGGACUCAAAGAAAUAAUGUGCAGCCCUGAUCUCCAACAUGAUAGAAUGAGAUGAUCAGAUGUUAUACUGAUACGUUAUCUAGAAUAGUUGACAGUCACAGUACUUAGGUUAGGGGUGGAUGGCAGGACUUUUUUUUUGAAAAUGUAAGAGACCGGAGUUCAAUAAGAACUUAAUAUUGUACAGAAAAGAUAGUAGAAUAUACAUUGAUUCUUUUCAUUGGACUCUGUGUAAACAAGAUUUGAACUACCAUUGUUUUCUAUCCAUUAAAUGAGUGACUCUCGAUGGCAAUACUGUGUGGAGAAUCCUAAGACUGAUAUUAAACUUUUUAAUAAAUUAACUUUAUUGCCUUGAAAUAAAAGUUUUAAUUCAUGA